UAGUGCAGCCCUAGCCAGUACCUGCAAAUAGUACCUGUCAUGAUGCAAGGCUUCGUGAGCGAUGAAAUUUAACCUCAGCUGGUCUCUGCCGGACUUGCCGAUGGGCCCCAUACUCUGGCCCCAGAGUCCGCCCCAGACUUUGGCCCCAGAGUGUCCAAUUCCCUGACUUUCUGCAGUGAGUGGUCAUUUACUGUUCGGGAUUCGGACACUGUUUUGGGAAAUUUGCCGCCACCGACGGUGGGAAAUUUACGGCAUUCCAUCGCCUUCGAAGCUAGCGCUGAACGCCACUUAACGGUCGAAAUGUCAGAGAUUCAACCCAUGAUCGCGCCGCAGGAGGACGGCUCUGGUAGUGUCCCAGAAACAGCGCACGAGCCACCACAGCCGACGCCCAUCACAGACCAAGAGGUGGGAGAGUACCGGGAGCAGGAUCGAUUCCUACCAAUCGCAAAUGUCUCCCGUAUCAUGAAACAGUCCGUUCCACACACUGCUAAAAUCGCCAAGGAUGCCAAGGAGUGCGUUCAGGAAUGUGUUUCAGAGUUCAUAAGUUUCAUUACUUCUGAGGCCGCUGAGAAAUGUCAAAUGGAGAAGCGGAAAACCAUCGGAGGCGAGGAUAUUUUGUACGCCAUGGUGUCUCUAGGGUUUGAGAACUACGCAGAAACACUGAAGAUUCAUCUAGCAAAAUUGAGACAGCACCAAGCAGGAUCCUCGUCGAACCCGCGACAAGAACAUAGAGAAGAUUGAUUCUACUUUCUUGUACCCUGUACUAUUCGUGUACCACUGUAUCAACUGCUUUCGCAAUGCGUACAUUUUGCCUCUAAUCAUUAUGAUACUCGUUCAGCCAGUGAUUUUGUCUGCUUGCCAUGCUCAUUGAUCGCUCAUCAAUUGGCCCAACUUGACUUUGGGCACCUGGCAGCAUUGCCCCCAAACUCCCGGGCUUAAUGUGGUGUCUUGGGCCACAUUUCAUGAACACGCUGAUAGCAUAUAUACACGGCGUCAUUUAGAAAUUAAUACCACGGUUUUCCUUGUCAAACGGU